CUUCGUCCUAAAAGGGAGGGACUUUCAAAGCUUGCGUUACUUUCAAUGAUCGUAGGUUUCACGUGGUUAUGUAACAAGAACAAGAAAGCCGCUAAAUAAUUAUGCUUGAAAGACAUUCAAAUCCACCAGUUGGUUUGGAACGUGUUCAUCGAUAUUUUUGUUAUGUUUGUGGUACUUUAUUACCGCAUAAAUUAGAAGCAAAUGAUUCAUUAAUUUGUCGAAAAUGUAAAACAUCUACAUUCAUGCGUUGGUUUAACAAUAUGGAGGCAAGUUUUAAUACAGAGAGUAAAUUAAAAAAUAACCCAAUUGACGGGAUUGAUACCCCUGAUGUCGAUGAAUCAACGUGUUUAUUUUUUCCAUCCAUGAUAAAAGGUGCUAAAAAAAUUUUAAAAUCAGAAAUUGCAUUAAAACAAGCUUUAGAAGCGCAACAAUUUGAAAAUGAUACAUCUCAGGCAACGACAUUUGAUGGACCAAGUAUACGUAAAGAAUGUGCUUAUUGUGGUAAUGACAGAAUGACUUAUGUAACAUUACAAACUCGUUCAGCCGAUGAAGGACAAACUGUUAUUUAUACUUGUACACAGUGUGCUAAAAAAGAGAUUGAAAAUACAUAAAUUAUAUAU